AUGGCCACAGCUGCAUCGAAUCCCUACAGCAUUCUCAGUUCCAGCUCCCUAGUCCAUGCGGACUCUGCGGGCAUGCAGCAGGGGAGUCCUUUCCGCAAUCCUCAAAAACUUCUCCAAAGUGAUUACUUGCAGGGAGUUCCCAGCAAUGGGCAUCCCCUCGGGCAUCACUGGGUGACCAGUCUGAGCGACGGGGGCCCAUGGUCCUCCACACUAGCCACCAGCCCCCUGGACCAGCAGGACGUGAAGCCCGGGCGCGAAGACCUGCAACUGGGUACGAUCAUCCAUCACCGCUCGCCACACGUAGCCCACCACUCGCCGCACACUAACCACCCAAACGCCUGGGGGGCGAGCCCGGCUCCAAACCCGUCCAUCACGUCAAGCGGCCAACCCCUUAACGUGUAUUCGCAGCCCGGCUUCACCGUAAGCGGCAUGCUGGAGCACGGGGGACUCACUCCACCGCCGGCAGCUGCCUCCACACAGAACCUGCAUCCUGUGCUCCGUGAGCCCCCAGACCAUGGCGAACUUGGCUCACACCACUGCCAGGACCACUCAGACGAGGAGACGCCAACCUCGGAUGAGUUGGAACAGUUCGCCAAACAAUUCAAACAAAGAAGAAUCAAGUUGGGUUUCACGCAGGCCGACGUGGGGCUGGCGCUGGGCACAUUGUAUGGCAACGUGUUUUCGCAGACCACCAUCUGCAGGUUUGAGGCCUUGCAACUGAGCUUCAAGAACAUGUGCAAGCUGAAGCCUUUGCUGAACAAGUGGCUGGAAGAGGCAGAUUCAUCCACAGGGAGCCCGACCAGCAUUGACAAGAUCGCCGCCCAGGGCCGAAAGCGCAAGAAGCGAACCUCCAUCGAGGUGAGUGUCAAGGGCGUACUGGAGACGCAUUUCCUCAAGUGUCCCAAACCUGCCGCGCAGGAGAUCUCCUCGCUGGCAGACAGCCUCCAGUUGGAGAAAGAAGUGGUGCGUGUCUGGUUCUGUAAUCGAAGACAAAAAGAGAAAAGAAUGACUCCGCCAGGGGAUCAGCAGCCGCAUGAGGUUUAUUCUCACACCGUGAAAACAGACACAUCGUGCCACGAUCUCUGACUGGAGGAAGCGAGGCGGCCAGCCGCACUGGGAGCAGCGCGGAUUUCUUUCUCUUUCACUCUCUUCUCUUCGUUUUAAUAUUCUAUAUUAUUGCUAUAACUCUAGUUUUCUUUCUUCCUUUCUUCUUUCUUUCCACACCCCCCCCCAUUUUGUUUCGAGGGGGUUCUAACUUAUGCUGAGAAAGAAAACACACACACACACACACACACACACACACACACACAUUCAGGCUUCUGGACUCUGAUACACAGUUAUAUUAAACAGUUCAGGUGGGGACCUCAUGUUCCCUGCCGCCCGGGCAAUUUCCCUCCGACCUUUUAUGCUGAUC